AUGGCAGCGACCUCCUCCUCCUCCUACGCCGUCGCGGUCGCUCUCCUCUGCCUGCUCGCCACCAAUGGCUGCUGCGGCUGCCCUGGACCCGCACCUGCCCCCACACCUACACCUACACGUGCCCCCGCUACCCCCAGCCCCGUCCCCGUUACACCUCCACCUGCGCCAGCUCCCCCCAGCCCCGUCCCCGUUACACCUCCACCUGUGCCCGCUACUCCCAGCCCAGGCUCCGGCUCCGGCUCCGGCAGCACCAACAGCUCCUCCGGCGGCUGGCUAGACGCGAGGGCCACCUGGUAUGGCGCAGCCGAUGGCGCCGGGCCGGACGACAAUGGUGGCGCGUGUGGAUUCAAGAACGUGAACCUGCCGCCGUUCAACGCCAUGACGUCGUGCGGCAACGAGCCGCUCUUCAAGGACGGCAAGGGAUGCGGCUCCUGCUACCAGAUAAGGUGCGUGGGCAAGGCUCACCCGGCGUGCUCCGGCGUCCCCGAGACGGUGAUCAUCACGGACAUGAACUACUACCCCGUCGCCCGCUACCACUUCGACCUCAGCGGCACUGCUUUUGGCGCCAUGGCCAAGGACGGCCGCAACGACGAGCUCCGCCACGCCGGCAUCAUCGACAUGCAGUUCAAGAGGGUGCCGUGCCAGUACCCGGGGCUGUCGGUGACGUUCCAUGUGGAGAAGGGGUCGAACCCGAACUACCUGGCGAUCCUGGUGGAGUACGCGAACGGCGACGGCGACGUGGCGCAGGUGGACCUCAUGGACGGCGGCGAGCCGACGGGGGCAUGGAGGCCGAUGAGGCACUCGUGGGGCUCCAUCUGGCGCCUGGACACGCGUCGCCCGCUGCGGGGGCCCUUCUCGCUGCGCGUCACCAACGGCUACGGCAGGUCGCUGGUCGCCGACCAGGUCAUCCCCGCCGACUGGCAGGCCGACGCCGUGUACAGCUCCGACGUCCAGUUCGAUGAUUGA